AUGUUUUGGAACGCUCUCCUGCUGCUAGCUUCCGCCGCUUGUGGCUUUGGGCGUAGUACCAACAACAAAAACUCCGAUACUCGGCACGUCAGCACUUACAUGAAUCCCAUCCUUCCUGGAUGGCACCCGGAUCCAAGCUGCAUAUUUGUUCCAGACCGGGGUGAUGUGUUUUUCUGCACAACAUCCACAUUUUUGGCGUUUCCUGGUAUUCCCAUCUUUGCCAGCCGGGAUUUGGUCAACUGGCGAUUGGUUAGCCACGUGCUGAGUCGUCCAGAUCAAGUUCCAGGGCUCGCCAAUGCGACUGAGCAAAGUGAUGGAAUCUAUGCGUCUACCUUACGUUUCCAUGAUGGCACAUUCUAUCUUGCUACGGGCUUUUUAUCUGGUCAUAACGUGCCACAGAUUCUCCUUUUCUCAUCUCUUAAUCCAUAUGACGAUGCGAGUUGGGGUGAUCCUAUCCGUGUCCCUGUCAACAACUACGGCUAUGACCCAGACCUCUUUUGGGAUGACGACAAUCAGCUUUACAUAAGCUUUGCUGCCUACAAUACCACACGCGACACUGAAAUCAUCAUGGCCACGUUCAACAUCACCACUAGAAAGUCUGGCACUUGGAAUACAAUCUGGACUGGCACUGGUGCACCAUGGGCCGAAGGCCCUCACUUGUACAAAAAGGAUAGGUUUUACUACCUGGUAAUUGCGGAAGGUGGUACCGGUCUAAAUCACUCCGUCACGGUUGCUCGCUCUACUAGAGUGACUGGGCCUUACGCGAGUUACACAGGGAAUCCCAUCUUAACUAACAACAACACCUUCGACUAUUUUCAGACCGUAGGACAUGCGGACCUUUUUCAAGACAAGUCGGGUAACUGGUGGGGUGUAGCACUAGCUACCAGGUCUGGUCCUACCUGGAAAACUUAUCCAAUGGGACGGGAAACAGUCCUCUUCCCGGCAACCUGGGAGAAAGGAGACUGGCCAAAGCUGGCACCUGUGAAUGGCAUAAUGAAAGGCCGUCUUCCGCGCAAAGACCGAAACCCACCUGGGAGGGGGCCGCUCGUCGAUGAAGGGGACAACAUGGACUUUCCGCCAGGCUCAACAAUUCCCCAACACUUCCUAACAUGGCGGCCGCAGCCAGCAUCGCAUUUCACAAUAUCGCCCAAAGGACAUCCUUAUACUCUAAGAAUCAGUCCUUCGCGAGCUAAUCUUACCGGGGGUAGCUCUUUUACCGCCGGCAUAGACAGCCAAGCAUUCAUUUCCCGGCUUCAAUCAAGUACAUUAUUCCGGUUCUCAGUGGAUGUGUUGUUUCAACCUCUUCAUGACGAGGCUGAGGCCGGCAUUUCUAUUUUUCUCACCCAGUUUCAGCACAUCGACCUUGGUAUCGUGCAAUUACGGUCUAGAAAGAACAAGUUAACGACUCACUUCCGACUGAGGGCUGAAACAUCCGGACUUCCAAACAUCAAUCCGCCGCAAAUAAACGUCAAGGCUGUACCAUUGUCAUGGCUUAGCCAGCCUAUUACAUUACGCAUAGCUGCGCCUGACGAUAAGACCUACAAGUUCACUGUCGCACCAGCCUUACAGCCCUGGAACGAGAUUGAGAUAGGCCAACUCAGUAGUGAGAUUGUUAGCGGCGGUACUGGGAAGUUCACAGGUAAGCAGGCCUUAAACACACUGAUAUGUUAG